AUGGAGAGGAGGGAAGAUUUAAUCUUGACCUUCUACAGUCCUGAGGUUCCCAAAAUGGAGGGAAACCAGAACUACCAAAGGCCUACCCUCCCCACCAACAAACAUCUAAGCACCUCGAUGUCACCCUAGAGGCGGCAGCAGCAUGUGGAUCAGACACACAACUACAUCCGAAUGUUCUGUGGCAGCCUCUGUGGUUUUGGUCUCCUAAUCCUGAUCUGCAUGUCCCCAGUGAACUAGGUGCAGUUCCUGGUGAUCAAGAAUGGCUUUGAGCUCUAUGCAGGACUCUGGACCUCAUGCAACCAUGAGCUGUGCUGGAGUCACACACCCCAGCCACCCUACUACCUCCAAUACUCCAGGGCCUUCUUCCUCAUCUCUGUCUUCACCAUACUCAUUGGCCUCAGCUGGCUCUUCAGGGCUUGCCUCCCUAGAAGAGGAAGCAUUACUACCAACUUGGAUCUGAAGGUAUCCAUGCUCAUCUUCACCUCAGCUGCCUGCUUCCUUCUCUGCCUCAUCCUGUUCCUGGCACAAGUUCAUUGGCAUAGUAGGGAUGUCGUGGAGUCUAAUCUUCUAUGGACCUAUCAUCUUAACUGGUGGGGUGACUUCUUAUACAUGUUUGCUGGUGGGUCAACCAUCCAUCUACGGAACCUCACCUCAACUUCCAGAUAUUCUUGACCUGACCAAAACAUCACUGUGAUUCCCACAGAGAAGUCAAGGUUGGGGGUUGGUCCAGUGACUACUGCUAAAGAUGAAGGGUCAGGGCCUGAGGUGGAAUCUCAAAAUAAGGAAGAGAGACCAAAUGCAGGACUAUGA